UAUAAGCCGCCGCCGCCGCCGCCACCUAAACGCUCUCACCACAACACUUCUUCGCAUAGAAAACGAAAACCAACCCAACCGCAGCGUCACCCACUCGAAUGCAGCUUUUAUUUUCACGCAACUUGUUUUCCAGCAAUAGUCACGUUAACCCCCUUCUGUGGUCUACCUUUCUCCGCCGACCCGUGGAAAAACGCCCAAGUUAAGAUUUAAGUUACACCACCGUUCGAAUGUUUCGAAUCUCUAUGCCCCCAAAUUCUAACCACAAAACCGUUGACCCGACAGUGUAACCCCGGCGUUCCAUCGUGUUUGGGGUCUCUGGAGUCACUGCAGUGGAGUCGGCCCUCCCCAUUCAAUUCAAUGCAUUCGAAUAAAUAUGCUUCCCCACAUUCAUUGUGGUGUUUGUUUGUGGCUUUAAACAGGAGGGUUCCAUUUUCCACUUGGUCUUGGUUCGCCUAGCGUUUCCAACUCCGAGACCUCUCCGAUGGCUCCGAAAAGAAGGCACCGAUGCCAUAGUGUUGCAGGCAGCCCUUCAACGUCAGUCGGUCGUGCUCACUGGAAGGAAUCGGUUUUGUCGUCGGAAUCGGUUACGUAGUGUGGUAAACUCUGUGUAUUGGCGCAAUUAUUUAUUUAAGGUUGAAGUGAAUGUGUGAAGAACUUUCUGGUAUUUUUCGUGAAGUUUGAGGGACUGUGCUAUGUGAUAAAUUGUUGAUUGGACAGUGAAUUAACUAAUAUUAGUGAUUUAUGGAAAAUUGACAAAAAUGAACACUCAUUAUUGGAUAUUUUUGCUAUACUUUGUGUCGCUGGAUAUGCUGCAGAAAUGUGUCUUAGGCAGAACUAGAUUGAUUCGAAACGUCUACAACCAAAAAUGCACCUCCCGACUUGAAUCCGCUUUGGACACCACAUUGAGACGAACCCAGCAGCGAUCAGGAUCUGGCGCCAUGAUAGACUUCUCCGAAAGCGGACCCCAGAGGCAAUCACUGUUCAAUCGAUCACCGCACAACACCUACGAAGAGGAUAUUGAGCAGCUCGUGUCUGAAUACAAGCAAAAAUACAAUGGUCAUAAGCACACCCAUGGCAAUAAAGAGUCAUUCUUUCCCCCGUCCGGCAUGACCUCGACCUCCCAGGUCGAGGUGGCAAAUCUGCGGGUUAGAAUUCCCCACAAACUGCAGUGGGUUGUAGUCGAUCGGUGUCAUUUUAUCGAAAAGAAUCGAACUCUGGACACGAAGCUAGAAUUUCCCGACCUGCAGAUAAGUGGUCGAGUGAUAAUGCAUCCUGCCGGGGGUAGAUGUGAUAUGAUAUUGCGACUUCGCAAAGCGGGAAUUGAGUUCCGAACGGUUCCGCUUAUACCUAGCGGAGUGAGCGGCAAAAGCAGACAAGCCAACGUGCGAACGGACUCACACUUUUCCGAGCCGGGAUUCAUCUCGAUAUUCGCUCACAGCUGCGAAGGUCCCACCGGGAUCAAGUAUCGCAUCAACUCCAAGAGAAGACAUUUCGUCAAGAAUCAACAACCCCCGACGAAUUACGAUGCGUUCUACAAGCAGGACUACGGCAGCGAAUACCCGCAGAAGCGAUCAAUCGACCUCCCGGAGGAUGACGAUCUGACGGGUGGAGAUGUGUUCAAGCUAACCGACGCAGACUCGCUGUUUCUGGAGCCCUCGAUGUUCGUAGACGUAGCUAAGGAGGAGUUUACCCAAACCGCGACGCCGAGUACCUUCAGUGCCGUCAGUAACAGCCGGACACUCUACUCAGAACGAAGCCCGUUUGCCUACAAUGCCUAUGCUGGUAAUGGUGCAGGGUGGCAAACGGUUGAAACGAACGAAGCUCUUGAUGAGGCUUACUCGAACGAGAUCGACAGUCUGUUCUCGAAGGGUGUUCGGGGAUUGCUGACGACCUAUAUGCAGAAAGCGCUGCAGCCGGCUAUCAAGGAAACACUGAUGGAGAGCAUGGGAUAUACGUUGUCGUAUGGAUAA